AUGGGUCAAACCCUCUCCGAGCCCGUCAUCGAAAAGCACUCGAGCAGUGGACAAGAUGAUCGCAUUUCUUUCGGAAUCUCAUGCAUGCAGGGAUGGCGCAUCAGCAUGGAGGACGCCCACGCAACCAUCCUCGACCUGCAACCCCUCGAAGGCGACGAUCUGAAGCCCGCCGCAUCCGACGUCCGCAUCAGCUUUUUCGGUGUCUAUGACGGUCAUGGCGGAGACAAAGUCGCGAUUUACACGGGUGAAAAUCUGCACAAGAUCGUUGCAAAGCAGGAAGCCUUCAAGAACAAGGACUUUGAGCAGGCCCUCAAGGACGGUUUCCUCGCAAUCGACAGGGCCAUUCUCAGUGACCCAAGAUAUGAGGAGGAAGUCUCUGGAUGUACCGCCACCGUCGGUAUCAUCACCCACGACAAGAUCUACGUUGGCAACGCUGGUGACUCCAGAACUGUGCUUGGUGUAAAGGGCAGAGCAAAGCCUCUCUCCUUUGACCACAAGCCCCAGAAUGAGGGCGAGAAGGCAAGAAUCUGCGCUGCCGGCGGUUUCGUAGACUUCGGUCGUGUCAACGGCAACCUCGCCCUUUCCCGCGCCAUUGGCGACUUUGAGUUCAAGAAGAGCGCCGACCUGCCUCCAGAGCAGCAAAUCGUCACCGCCUACCCCGACGUGACUAUCCACGACCUUUCGGACGAUGAUGAGUUUGUUGUGCUUGCAUGUGAUGGUAUCUGGGACUGCCAGUCUUCGCAAGCCGUCAUCGAAUUCGUCCGUCGCGGAAUCGCAGCAAAGCAGGAGCUGUCUGCCAUCUGUGAAAACAUGAUGGACAACUGCCUGGCCUCCAACAGCGAGACCGGCGGUGUUGGCUGUGACAACAUGACCAUGUCGGUUGUUGCUCUGCUCAACGGCAAGUCAAAGGACGAGUGGUACCAAAUGAUUGCGGACAGAGUCGCAAACGGUGACGGACCCUGCGCACCCCCAGAGUACGGUCAGUCGUAA